GGGAAGUGCCAGCGGGCGCACCGAGAGCAGCGGCAGCGCCGGAGCGCAGGAAGCUGUUGAUUGCCUAGAAAUUAAAUCAGGGUGUGAGAAGUCUGAUUGAUCAAGGUGGAUAUUUUUUUCCAAGAGCCUUUUGACAACUGCCUUUUGCAAAAUCUUCAAGUGCUCCCAUUUGUGCCAUGUUUUGUGGCUCUCACCGUAAAAGGAAUUUGUCUUGAUGAAGAUUCCUAACAUUGGUAAUGUGAUGAAUAAAUUUGAGAUCCUUGGGGUUGUCGGUGAAGGAGCUUAUGGCGUUGUACUUAAAUGCAGACACAAGGAGACACAUGAAAUUGUGGCUAUCAAGAAAUUCAAAGACAGUGAAGAAAAUGAAGAAGUCAAAGAAACCACUUUACGAGAGCUUAAAAUGCUUCGCACUUUGAAACAGGAGAACAUUGUGGAGCUGAAGGAAGCCUUCAGAAGAAGAGGAAAAUUAUACUUAGUUUUUGAAUAUGUGGAAAAAAAUAUGCUUGAAUUGCUAGAAGAAAUGCCAAAUGGAGUUCCACCAGAAAAGGUGAAAAGCUACAUCUACCAGCUAAUUAAAGCAAUUCAUUGGUGCCAUAAGAAUGAUAUUGUUCACAGAGAUAUCAAGCCAGAGAAUCUCUUAAUAAGCCACAAUGAUGUUCUGAAGUUGUGUGAUUUUGGCUUUGCUCGGAAUCUCUCUGAAGGAAGCAAUGCUAACUAUACAGAGUACGUGGCUACCCGAUGGUACCGCUCACCCGAACUCUUGCUUGGAGCCCCGUACGGCAAGGCAGUGGAUAUGUGGUCUGUGGGCUGCAUCCUGGGCGAGCUGAGCGACGGGCAGCCCCUGUUCCCCGGCGAGAGCGAGAUUGACCAGCUCUUCACCAUUCAGAAGGUGCUGGGCCCGCUGCCAGCGGAGCAGAUGAAGCUCUUCUACAGCAACCCACGCUUCCAUGGCUUGCGGUUUCCAGCAGUCAAUCAUCCACAGUCUUUAGAGAGAAGAUACUUGGGAAUUUUAAGCGGUGUAUUGCUUGAUCUUAUGAAGAACUUACUGAAGUUAGAUCCAGCAGAUAGAUAUUUGACAGAGCAAUGUUUGAACCACCCUUCGUUUCAAACCCAAAGACUCUUGGAUCGCUGUGGAAGUUCACCUUCACGGUCAGCUAAGAGAAAACCUUACCACGCAGACAGCAACACUUUAUCUAACAGAAAUCAAGCCAGCAAAAGUUCUGCUUUGCAGUCACACCACAGAUCAAACAGCAAGGAUAUGGAGACACUAGGGGCUGGUGGGCCAAGAGAGGAUGGGCUUCCAGCAAAUGAAAGCUUUUUAAAUGGAAACCUUCCUGGACCUGCACCUAGUCCAAUGCACGCCAAAAAACCAAGCAACACACCUGGAUCUGGCAACAAGGAUAUAGCCAAUAACAACAUGCCACAUCUUCUCAGCCCAAAGGAGCCGAAGGGAAAAACAGAGUUUGAUUUUAACGUGGACACCAAAAGCUCUGAUGGUUCAGGCACAAAGUACCUGAAGUCUAACACCAGAUCUCAGCAGAACCGGCACUCCUUUAUGGAAACUUCUCAAAGCAAAACCGGGACGCUGCAGCCCGGCGACAAGCACAGCCGCCACAGCUACAUCGACACCAUCCCACAGUCCUCCAAGAGUCCCUCCUAUCGGACAAAGUCCAAGAGCCAUGGAGUUCUGACAGACUCAAAAUCCGUGGGCAACCUUUCUGAGGCCAGGGCCCAAGCUGCAGAACCGAACACCAGUAGGUAUUUUCCAUCCAGCUGUAUGGACUUGAACUCUCCCACCAGUCCGAGUGCUCCGCGGCACAGCGAUAACAGAACUAUGCUCAGCCCGUCCGCCAGGAACAACCGCAGCGAGGGUACCCUGGACACCCGAAGACCACCAACAAGGCACUCCAAAACAAUGGAGGAGUUAAAACUGCCAGAUCACAUGGAUGGAAGCCAUUCCCACUCUCUGUCUGCUCCACACGAAUCUUUUUCCUAUGGUCUAGGUUAUUCUAGUCCUUUCUCUUCCCAGCAGCGCCCUCAUAGACACUCUAUGUAUGUGAGCCGGGACAGAGUGAGGUCAAAGGGCUCAGAGGGUGGCUUAAGCGUAGGGCAAGGGAUGGCAGCCAGAGCAAACAGCCUGCAACUGUUAUCUCCACAGGUGCAGCAUAAGUCACUCACAAGGUCUGUUGGCUCAUCACGAGAAGACUGUACGGAUGAUUCUAAUAGGGGUGGAGCAUAUCAUGAUCCACACACAGAAGAUGGAGCAUCUACUAAGGAGAAUAGAAUUCUGUAUAAUGACCCUGUUCCGAGAAGAGUUGGCAGCUUUUACAGAGUUCCAUCUCCGCGUCCAGAGAGUACCUACAUAGAAAACAAUGUGUCCAACAGAGCCUCGGUGUUACCAGCAGACAGCACGGCGGUGACCAACCACCCCAAGAGACAAACCACCUUUGAUACCUGGAAAAGUCCUGAAAACCUUAACAGUCACUCAGAACAGCUCAAGGAGAAAGAAAAGCAAGGUUUUUUCAGGGCAAUAAAAAAGAAAAAGAAGAAAUCUCAAAAUAUGCCUAACACUGAAGGUCAGGAUCUCUUGGCAUUACAGAAAGCCAUUCAUUCUUCCAAUCACCAGAGCAGCAGGCAGAAGGAUUGGCAUCCUGAGAAGAUGACAGAAAUCCAGCCUCAUAGCCAGCCGCUGAAAUCUCUUCGGAAGCUCUUGCACCUCUCCUCCAACCAUCCUGUGGCCGCUGAGCCCCGCUUCCAGCCCUUACCCAGCCAGCCAGCCAAAGCCUCUUUUCCCGAAGUGCGGAUCCACCCCAUGAGCCAAGGCUCCAGCAGCAGCAGCAGCACCGUGCGGCCGGAGGCGCAGCCCAAGGCCCGGCCGACGCUGCAGCUCCCGGGCCAGCUGGAGCCCAGCUGGCACGUGUCCCCCGUGAACAGGGCCGUGGGCGACGGGCCGCCCUUCUCGGAGCAGCUGCCUGCCAAGAGCGGACAGAACGGGCACACCUACGGCCGCGCAAACCGCUCGCGGAUGCCCAACCUGAACGAUCUCAAAGAGACAGCCUUGUAAUUAAUUGUGCCCCAGCAGAUGGACCGUGUGGGUGGAGAGCAGCGCGGGGAGCGGCGUGGUUCUGGCGAUGGUGAGACCGCAUUUUCAGCUUUAUAAAGGUGUGCAAUAUGUACGUGUGGGGCUGUGCCGUGCGGCACCACGGAGAGUCAGGGAUUAUACGGGAACGCGAGUGAACUGUGAAGUACCCGUCGUCAGAAAUGUCACUGGAGGCCAGGCAGAGUGUGCCGGUCAGGGAGAAAAAUGCACUGUCAUUUUCUCUCAUUUACAUUCCAGCUUAGUGCACACCUCUGUCUGAAAGCUAGGAAACUUCUGGUAUGUAUUGGCACUUAUAAGGGUGAAAACAUUGUCUAGGCCUAUGCCCUUACUACAUUUUUUGCUGCCUAGUUAAAACAGUGGGGUUUAUGUGAUAAAAGUGUAUCCCUGUUAAGGGUUUAAAGUUAAAUUGUAUGUCUUAAAUUUGUUUUUUAAACUUCCAUAUUUGAUAGGAUUUGUAAUAUUUAUUUAUGAUGACCUAAUAUCGUACUGUUAUAAUCAUAUCUUUUAUGUUAUAAUGUAAAGUUAUUUUGAGCUGUUUGAAACAUUGUGAAGCAGUGCAACAGCUACAGUAGUUUCUAUAAAAAACCAACAGUAACAUUUAUAUAUUGCAUCAGGAGUAUUUUAUUCUAUAUAUAAAUAUAUAUAUAAAUGGAAAAUAACUGUCUGUUUUUUAAAUAUACUCAUUUAAAAGAAAAGUAUUGUUAUGACACUAUCUGCCAUAUUUUUUAUACAUUUGUGAUAUAAAGUGCAGUAUUAUACUUCUAAUAAAAGGAAGUUGAAUGUGGAUAUAAACGUGACUGUAACAGUAUGGAUCUUGCUUGGCUAUGAGAGCCCAGUAUUAUAGGCAUUAUUAGUAACAAACAAAAGACAACACUUGAUUCCAAGCUUUAUUAUGGGCUAUUUAGUUGGAAGUAUUGGCUAAAUAUAAGAGACUGCGGAACUGUACAGUAAUCUAAAUGUGGUGUGUUCUCCCCUGUGUCCUUAGCUUUCCUAGUAAUAUUAAUGGGAUUUCUGCAUCAAGAGCACAGAGCCCCAGUACCAAAUUUUUGUUUCUUCUAAAGAGAUAAAGUGCCCCAUGACUACAAGCGAAAGCAGGUGCUCUUCCACUUAAUAGCAGGGGUGAAAACCAAAGAAACACAGCAUGAAUUGCAAGUGAAAUGCAAAACUUUGACACUUAAGCAUAGCAUGGCACUGCAGAUCAUGGUAUAAGCUUUUAUGCAUAUGUGUAUUUUACAUCUCUAGCAAUCUAUUAACUAAUAAGAUAAACACUGUAUUAGAAUUUAAACUACUCUUGCACUUUUUAUUAUAUUUCAGGAUGUAUUUAAAGCUACAAAUCUGGUAUUUGGAUAUUGAGGGAGAAGGUUGCCAUGCAACUUGAUUUAUCCUUAGGUCUUACUAUCCAAAUAUUUCCAUACCCAGUUCAGCUACCAGUCUCAGCAAAAUGCUAGAUCUUGGGUUCCAGUCUCCUGUACAACAUAGCUAAAACUGCCUUUACCUUGGUGAAUGUCAAGCGUAGCAAAUACACACCCUGAUUCCUCUCUUGCUACCAGUAAAGUAAAUCAAAGGUGAGCCAGUAGGAGUCAAAAGAGUUAUGCCAGUCUAAUAACUUCGUGCAAUAAGAGGAGAGCCAGGCCUGUAGUGUCAGAACAAUACAAUCUUUCCUUUUUAAACACCUUAGUUCUACUCCCUCAUUACUCUGCAGCAUAGUUUGUUUUCUAGUUGCUGUCCUCGUAAGACACUGUACUUGCAAAUACACUGUCUUUUCCAAAAAGAGAUUAACCUGAAUGUAAAUUGGAUGAUUUAGCCAUAGAUGUAGUUAAAAGAAGCAGCCAGGCAGUAAAAGCUGAACUUCCAACCUGGAUAACAAUGCAAACUGGACAUGCUGUUCAGUACCUCUUGAGUCAUACCAAAGUUCUAACAACAGCAAAUUCGGCACCACUACUGUAAAAAUUGUUGCCAGAAAGAACAGUAUGGAAGGAUGUUGUAUCAGUUUUGUCCAGGACUAAAAAUACGUCUGCUAAAUUUGAAAAAUUACAAAAUAGGAAUUCUUCCUUUGUCAAUUGCCUGCAAGAAAUGUGCAUGUGAUUUUUCUAUAGAUAGAUAUGAGAUAUGAUAUCUCUCUAUAUAUGAUAUAUACUGUAUUGAUAUAUCAUAUAUAUAGCAUAUAUAAAUACAAUAGACAUGAAAGGGUAUUCAGUUUUUUUCUAAGUUCAGUGGGCAUCCAGGAAAGAUAUUGUGGCAUUUACUUGUUGUCACUGUCAGAGUUUAGCAGCUUAUUUUAGCAGUCUCUGUUAGAUUCAUUGCUUGGUCACAGCUACAUGAGCCCUGCUUUGAAAAGGGCUGAUGCCACUGAAAUCCCUCACAAAAGCACUGCCUGAGAGAGUGGGGCUCUAAGCAGUGCAGUUUGAAUGUCUCUUUUAGAGCAACAGAGCUGGUGAAGGGCCUGGAGCACAAGUCUUGUGAGAGGCUGAGGGAGCUGGGGGUGUUUAGUCUGGAAAAAGGAAUCUCAGGAGGGACCUCAUUGUUCUCUACAAUCACCUGAAAGGAGGGUGUAGCCAGGUGGGGCUCAGCCUUUUCUCCCACAUCUCAAGUGAAGGGAUGAGAGGAAAUCACCUUCUGUCGUGCCAGGAGAGGUUCAAAUUAGAUAUUAGGGGGGAAAGGUCACUGAAAGGCUGUUCAGGCAUUGGAAUAAGUUGUCCAGGGACGUGGUGCAGUCCCCGGCUCUGGAAGUGUUUGAGAAGCAUCUGGAUGUGGCACUUGGAGAUACAGUUAGGGGUAACGGGGGUGGUUGGUGGUUGGACUGGAUGAUCCUAAAGGUUUCUUCCAGCCUAGAUGAUUCUGUAUUAGUCUCACAGGGAAUGUUCAGUCUAGACUCUUCUGGAUCUUCAUGCCGGGGAUGAUGAUACUAGGCUAUAUGUGGUUGUUAUGAUUUCUAGCAAGGAAAAAUGUUUCAAAAGGAUUUUUUUUUCUCUGUACCCAUUAAGUUAAAUCAGGGUAAUCCCUGACUGUAAAUAUAGCUGUUUAAAGUAGUUAGCAAAUCUUCAAAGGCGACCCAAGGAAUGUUUGAGUAUUUGGUGGCCCAUAUUUACUGAAACUUGUUUCUACUUCAUACUGCAUUUUCCUCUUGAAUUCAACAAACUGUAGUAGCUUUCAGUUGAAUAAUAAAUUGUGUUGAAUGUAUGUAGUAAUUUCUUCAAGAAAUUCCAGCAGCUCGGCCAGCUGGUGCUGGGAUGAAUUGUGUAUUUUUAACUUGGUCUAGCUUCCCAAUAUUUAGAAUACAGCUAAUGUAAUUUUGUCGAGGUUUUCUAAGGAGUCUUAUUAUAGUCACUGAGAUUUUCUGACUUAAUAAAGAGGAAGAGAAUUGCAGAGCAAACUAUUUUGUAAGUGUGAGCUUUCCUUUUCACUGGUCUGUGAGUCCUGUGCUACAUGCUCUAUAGAUUUAUUUAGUAUAAAGGAUCCUAUUAUUCUUUGGCAUUUUAUUCUCUGGCAAUCUUUUGCCUUACGGCAUCACUGAUUAUGUGAAUAAAAGAGAAACUAAGUUUCAGAAAUUAAUUGUAGUCAUUUUGUAGAACUCAAGCUGCCUAAACUUGUCUAUUAUGUUUUUGUUAUAGCUCUUGAGCUCUUUUUAAUUGAAAAAAAAAAGCACCUUAAGCUCAUCCUAACUUAAAUUGUGUAAGUGUCUAAGCUGUCAUUUUAAACUGCUAUGUAAAUGUAUUAACCUGGAACAACAUCUAUUUACAACAGACCUGGCCACAGAGAGCAGUCCCUUUGACCUGUUGAAUACUUUUUGCUCCAUUUAUUGCAGUCCGAGCUUUGUUGCCCUUCUGAGAGGCUGCCAGGAGAGCACUGGGCAGAGUUCUUGGCAGCAAGUCAGUGAUCCCAGAUUUGUCUCUUAAAACAUUCCCCAAACACCACUUGUUCUUUUAGAUCAAUAUUAAAUCUUGAAAGGCUUCAAACUUCAAAGUGCAUGAGGCAUCCUCAGUCAUCAUUUGGCUUGUCACCUUUCUCUCUACCACACCAACUUGUUUCUGGGACCAAGGCUGGAGUGACUCUUCAGGAAGCAGUGGCCUGUGGUAGGCUCUUCACCUUCCUUGUCAUUGCAGUUAGAUCUCUUGGGAGAUGAAUCUCACUUCUUUAAAAAGCUACAUGCCAACCUUUUCUUUUUUUCUUCAAAAGCUGAUGAGGUGUUAGCUGAGUAGACUCCUGGGUUCACCCAGAAAAAGCUAUGUAUUCUGGACAAUUCUGUAGAUCUCCCUAUAAGAACACAGGGAACCUAUGGGAAUACAGACUAUACAGCUCUGAAAGCACUGUUGUGAUUUAGGUAGCUAAGGCAAAACCUAGCCACUUUAAAGAGGAGCUGUGCUCUAGAACUAUUGGGGGUUUUAUUCUAUUCAUGUUUAAUUUUUUUGUUGUCUUGUAAUGAUUUGAUAGUGAGACAUACUUCAAAAUACUUGCCUGUAAUGAAUUCUGUAUGUGUUGAUCACUGUCAGAGUAGAGCUGGGAGAGUAUUUGCAUCCCAUUCACACAAAGAGUAUGAAAAGGAUAGCCAUAUAUGAUAUACUGCAAAUUGUGGAGUGGCAGUGAAUGUUUAUUUUUUCCAUUCCAGUUAACAUACAUACUACAUCUGUCAAUGGGGUAAUAUCAGAAACCAUGCAUCUAGGCUGUUGUUCAUGUUAGGAAGCCCACCAUUUGAAAUAGGAGUGCCACAGAAGAUGGUUGGAAAAGUGAUGUGCCCUAUGUAACCAUUUUUGAAUAACCUUCAAAUCAAGACACUAUUUAAGAACAGGUGCCUUUCCCUACACAGCUCUUUCUAAGAGUAUCAGGAUAUUAACCAUUCAUGAACUGGGUUUCUAGUGAAGGAGGAAAAAAGCCAUUUAACUUCUGGCCUUUUUUUAAAAGGGGGUGAUUGGAGUAAACCCUUUUAAUAUAACAAAGCUUGGAAAUUUUAGAUGUUGGCACCUUUUUCAAAUGGUCAAGCAGCAUCAGUGCAUCAGUGCUUAGGCUCAUCAGGCAAGUGAAGGCUUGUGCUGUACUGAAUGUUGUACUGAAACAGAAUAUUCCUCAUUUUGCAGUCACAAAGCAAAUUUCAUUAAAAUUAGCAAAGCAGAUUUUAUAGGAGUUCCUCUUUCAAUUGUAAAAAAAAAGCUGUGUUAGGUAAUCUGUUCUCUCAGUGGAGUGUCUUAAUACCACAUGAGACAGCAUAGGUAAAUCUGAUUAAGUAGGUCUGAAUUUUGCUUGUUCCGAGUUCUGCUUGGAUACAGAUUUGUGACCUUGUGGGCAGCUGAUUGUUUGAUGCAAAAGCUGGGGUUUGACCUGCUCAGUGGAAGAUGCAUGCCAAGUGUGAGAGGACUGGCACCACUAUGUUUGGAUGCUUUCAUUCCACCAAAUCAGAUUGUUUCUCAGGCUCUCUUAGAACAUAACAAAAUAUGCAGCUGGGCAAAAGUGACUCUUGAAACGUGGCCCAAGAGCCUGAACACUGAAUUUGUGUCUUAGCAUAAGAAUGACUGCACAUCUCCUGUCUUCUCUGCAAGUCAAUCUACCUCCUCUCUCUUGCAGAAUGUGGUUGAGGUCGGGUUUGUUUAUUCUGAGCUUAUUACUGACUCCAAAUUUUAAAGAGAUAUCUAAAAAGAUUCUUCCUCUAGGUACUGUUAGCAACCAUGUAAUAAAAUACUGUUAGGCCUUCAUCUGAAAUACUUUGAAACCUCCAAGCCAUCUCAGCUCUCCCUCUAGAAUCCCAGUGCCAUCCUUUGCACUGCUUUGCAGUCUUCCCUUGGCCUUCCCCUUGUGGUUCUCAAAUAUUGCAGUUGCCUUGUUCUUUGUUGUUUCUCUAGUGCAGAUUUUCAGGGAGUUAGAGGCCUUAUCUACUACUCCACCCUAUUUGCUGUUUUACUCAAACAGCUAUCCUUAGACUUGCUCAGGAUUUCCUUCGUUUUAAUUUUCCAUUUUCAUCUGGGUGAGAUACCUUACCUCAUUGUGCCCCCACCAGAACACGCUGCCUGCCAGGCUUCUCGUUCCACCAGGUCUCUGUUUUCACAGGGCUUUGUUUCUCUGGAUCCGUUCUGAGAAAUGCAAGGUGGCAUCUUAAUUGUACAGGCAUAGAAACGCAUUGUGAAGUAGCUGCUGUCGUAGAGCUUUCCAUUAGCAUAAAGAUAAAGCAUGUUCAUAGCACAAGGUGGAAGCUGCUGUUCAAUUUUCCUCUUGGUGUAAACUCCUGACGUGUAAAUCCAGUGGCAGAGCUUUUAACUCUUCAGUUACAAGGCAAAACUUUAAGCAUAGGGAACAAUCUCAAUUUUCCUUUUGUUUUUAUUUUUUUUUUGCUAGUGCACAUCUUAGACUUGUACUACUGAAGGAUAGGACUAAUGGAAAGAAGUAACUUUAUAUUUAGGUUAUAUGGAACAAUAAGCUAAAAUCAUCCCAGAAACCAUAAUUUUGUUGGAAAUUCUAUGCAGGCAUUUUAAAAUCCGGUUAAUCUGAUAAGGAAUUCCAGGACUGCUUAGGUCUCCACUGUGGAAUGUUUAAUUUUAAAUUUGUGUCAUUUGGAAGAAAGAGGGAAAAAUGAAAUUUAGGAAAAUCUUUUGUUUUCUCACUAUCUGCCAGUACAGAUUAACAGGCUGGGGAGGCAGCUUUCAAAACUUCUAAAUUUAUGGAUAAGAUUCCCUGAUGUUUUUUAACAGUUACUAGAAAUCUAAAGCGCACAAACCUUUAACUCUACCGUGCUUUCUGUUGUGGAAGGAAUAUGUUGUGGUGUUAGCCUUUUUAAUCCUGGAAUACAAAUUGAUUUUAAAAUGUGUUGAAUAUUUAAGGAUGACUUCAUGCAAGUUAAUAAACCAUUUGUAAAGUGUUUGUAUACAACCCUUUGUAUCAUGUUGUUGGUACACCUUACCAAAUUUUUUUUGAGCAUGUAUUCCAUUCUUUACUUCUGUACAAUUUCUAUUGUUGCUGUAAAUAUUCUAAAAGAGAAAAAAAAUCCUGUGGUAACCUUAAUUAUCAGCAUGGAAAUGGUUAAUUUUUACUGAGCACAAUGUAUUUUUGAAUGGGCCUUCCAAAAUAUGUCUUUAAUAAAAAUGCAGAUUUUGCACUAGAACACUGGCAUUGUUCAACAGCUGAUCUUAUUCCUGACACGUCUCCUCCAGAGCUCCUCUUCAUCGUGAGCUUGGCUCAGAUGGGUGGAACGGACCAGAACCAGGACUCCUGUGCCCAGUGGGUCCCUGCCAGGUCCUGGCUGACUCCCCCAUCUGAGAGGCCCCUUGUAUCUGUCCACAAGCCACAAGAUGCUUCCAUGGGAUGUUUCCACAGGGCAACAUCUCUGAAGCACCUUCUGCCCUUAAUUCCUCUAGUCUCAUUGCAGGACAGAUUAUCUUCCUUUCAGGGCACGAAUCUCUGCUGUUCUCUCUUUUGAACAGUACCAACCCACCAAGCCCCUCAGCAGGCACUACCAGAAAUUAAAAGGCCCUGAAAGUUUCCAGCCCACAGUCUUCACCACAGGAAAAGUGUCAUGAUGCCAUUUCAUCAUUG